AUGAAGAUUGUCUACAUCGGAAUCUUACAAAAUGCCCAGCAACCCGCUGUGGAGCUCUGCGCUGAGAGCGAGCUCAGCAGCUACUCCCGUUUCACUCGGGGUAGCAUCAGCGAGUUCAUGACCAUGUUCAGCAAGACUGUUGCCGAACGCACAAAACAGGGCCAGAGACAGGAUAUUCAGGAGCAGGACUUUACAUUCCACGUCUACGCCCGAACCCAAGGCAUCGCCGGUGUCAUCAUCAGUGAUAACGAGUACCCCUCCCUCGCAGCGCAUCAGAUCCUCUCCAAAAUCCUCGAUGAAUUUCUGUCCCAGAAUCCCACCGCCGCGACCUCGCGAAACCCCGUUCCCUUCCCUCAGCUGCGAACAUACAUUACGACCUACCAGAACCCCCAGGAGGUGGACAGUAUCAUGAAGAUUCAAAAGGAGUUGGAUGAGACCAAGAUCGUGCUACAUAAGACUAUCGAGAGUGUUCUGGAACGAGGGGAGAAGAUCGACGACCUGGUCUCCAAGAGCGAGGGGCUGAGCGCUCAGAGCAAGAUGUUCUACACGUCCGCGAAGAAGCAGAACUCGUGCUGUGUGAUUAUGUAG